AUGGAUGUUCGAGAAAUCUCAAACCGUGAGCUCGCCGAGUUCGCAUUAGAACACAGCAGAGAUAGGGCGAGGAUACGGCAAGCUCUCGGAGCGCGAUUCCCAACCCUGAAUGGAGACCAAUCGCAGGCCCUCUGGGAUUACAUGGACCAGUUCUUCUUGAGGAAGCUCGCUGGAAAAUGGGCGGCCGCAAACAGGCACGCGAAACGUUUUUUCGACGCAGGGAGUAAUCAGGAGUGGUUAGCAAAUACCUUCAAAGUGACUCGUGAGGCGGGAAAUCGUGGCGAAGGCUCAUCUGAUGCCGGAUAUAACCUCUCGCAACCAUCUACCCCAGAAUCUGUUCGCGGUCGUCCUCGGAAGAGUUUCAGUGAAUCUAGCGAUCGGGGCCAACGCAGGAAGAUCCUAGAAACAAGAGAGGAUAUCGACCCCGAGCUACUGCGACGAGCAAAACUUAUACCCAGCGUCAAUCCCCUGAUGGCUCUACAACUCUUGCUCGAUCUGAACAUAGCGAAGGAACUAUACAUAGAUCUGAGACUUGAAUUGAGGAGAGAGCUUGGUUUUGAUGCUUUCCCUGCAUACAACAAGGUGUUGACUGAGAAGAAACAAUGCUAUCCGACCAACAUCGAGGCAACAGAGAAGCACGCUUCCGUCCCGCUGAAGGAUCUCCUUGAGCACUCUGUGAAGCGAUUACUAAGCUCGCUACCGGAGCCAGAAUUCAACCUGUUGGAGGAGCACUUGACUUUCUUGUCAAAAUGGGGUUGCGAUGGAUCGUCUGGACACUCGGAGUACAAACAGGCGUCCUUGUGUGAUUCUCUUUUCGGACGAUUCGAGCUGACGAAGGAGACACCGGAAGUGAUCAGAGCACACGUAGCUCGAGUCGAAGAAGAGAUAUCGGACCUCGAAACAUUCGUGGUAACGGUGAGAGGAUCAACUUUCUCAGUGGACUUCAAAAUGAUCCUAUCAAUGAUCGACGGCAAGAUUAUCCAGAUCAUCAAUGAAGUGCCUUACAUGGCUCAGUGCGUAAUUUGCAAAGCCAAGCCACCUGAAAUGAACUCAUUGGACUCAAUAUAUGCGAAACCGAGUCAUUUGCCGCCUUCGCAUAUACCCCUAUCGCCUUUGCACGCCAGGAUUAAGGUCAUGGAAAACCUCCUUAAAAUAGCCUAUAAUCGGCAAUUCGAGCUAUGGGGUAUACCGACAGCUUUGAGACCUCAGUGUAACGCUAUCAAGGCGGAUAUACGAAGAGCCUUCAAGGCGCGUCUUGGCUUGAUCAUCGACAAAGUGAAACAGGGCUUCGGUACGUCAAAUGAUGGAAACACGUCGAGGCGGUUCUUCGGGCAUGCUGAACUAUCGGCCGAGAUCACGGGGCUGCCCCUGGAUUUGAUUCAGAGAUUGGGUACAAUCCUAGACACGAUAAACUGCAACAGCAAGGUGAAUGUAGAGAAAUUCUCUUCAUAUUGCCGUGAUACAGCUAGGAUAUACGUGGACUUGUUCCCGUGGUACCCGAUGAGCAAUUCUCUGCACAAAGUUCUUGUGCACAGCAGCUCAGUCAUCGCGGCAGCCCCUGUGCCUCUGGGUGCACUUAACGAGGAAGCGCAGGAAGGCCUGAACAAGGUAUAUCGUCGAGUGCGAGAGUCACACUCACGCAAAUGCAGCCGAACGGCCACGAAUGAGGAUGUUCUCCACUACAUGUUGGCGAAAUCCGAUCCUUGCGUUAACAAUGCUCGUUCACCGCGUCGAGAACCUCAACACCGACUGAAUCCAAACGUUUUGGAAUUCCUAUUGGAGCCCAGCGAAUCUGCAAUCGUCGAGGACUCCGAUGAUGAUCAGGAUUCAGAGGAUGUUGAGGACUGUGAGGACUUGAGGGGUUUCGAGGAUUCCGAGAGCGUAGCAGAGUCCGAGAGCGUAGCAGAUUCCGCGGAUUAUGACGAACUCUCCGCCGAGAAGUGCUCCAGGACGGUCGACAUCUACCAGAGCGUCGAGCUGCCACCCGUUUCCGAACGGAACCGCGGCAAACCCAUCCACUGCGUGUUCCGGAUAAGGGUUCGGCCGGCGCGCGAAGAUUGGGUGGUGUUCGUGAGGUUCACGCGGAUGCGAGUCGGAACCCCCUCGCAAGACCGGCAGAGUUGUGAUGGAGGUUAUGUUCAAAUCGUGGACGGCUACACCCGGGAGACGAAUAUCUCGAAUCGAGAGAAUCCCGGAUUUUACUGCGGGGAGAUUGAUUCACCGAAAACAUUCAUUUCGGAAACGCCAUACGUUAAGGUCGUUUUUCACGUUGAUGAAUACUCGUCUGACACUUACAUGCACUUCGAAGCGAACGUGAAACAACAGCAGGAAGUUGCGUCACGCUAUGGCACAUAUUCGACGCUAUACCCGCAUCGUCGAGGUCAACCCGUCCAAAACACGUACUGCCAUCGUCUGUUCAAAGAUUGUUCACCCGGACGCUGCUUUGUCCAAAGCCCCGCGUAUCCGGGAAUUUACCCGAGGAACUUAGCCUGCAAGUACAGAAUCAACGUCCGUCAGAGCCUCGUGGGACUGGAUCUCACGUUCUUCGACGUAGACGGGCUUCGAUGCGAUAAUCUUCUCAUGUGUUUUCCUCGACCUGUUUCGCGCAAGGCCGACGACUGUCCCUUCGAUUUCGUCCGGAUCCACGACGGACCGACCGAAGACCAUCCGGUGAUCACCACGUUAUGUGGCCGCGGAAAACUCAAGUCGAACAUCGUCGCUUCGAACAGCGAAAUGCUAGUUACGUUUGUGAGCUCGCCAGCGGGUCCGCUCCUCAAUACGGGCUUCCAUUUUAAGGCGGAUAGCGUGUACGAUUCGGGCGGAGGCGAAACAAUCCAACUCAGGAACGGCGGUUGCAUCAUCGAAAGGAGUGUGAGCACGACGGCACGCACCUACAACUCGAUCAGGUCUUGGUACCCGGUCAACACGUCGUGUCAGUACAGGUUCACGGCGCCGAUGGGCGAAAUUAUCCGCUUGGAAUUCUCUCAGUUCCGAGUUGAAAGAGUUACAUUCUGUGAAGAAGCGAUCCGGAUUUACGACUCGCACGAACUCGAUCCUCGCUACAUCAUCACCAAGCUGUGCGACACGAAUCGACCCCGGUCGGAGAGUCCGAGAACUUCGUUCGAGUCCACAUCCAAUAGAAUGCUGGUGGAUUUCUCUUCGACGGUGGGCAGCUUAGACGGCAGUUCAAUUACGUUCUCAUUCGAAGUGAAACAUGUCAGCGCCAACAUCUAUGACAACAAGCUGACGCCGAUGAACUGCAAUAAGAAGUUCAAAGUGGCCGAAGGCGAUGCCCAUUCGAGGGGAGCAUUUUCUCUGGCGUACGCCGAUUUCGUCGAGCAUUCGAGACCGGUCGGUUGUAACUACUCGUUCGAUGCCCGCGAAUGGCCGCACGGUCGAGUGCAGCUCACGAUCAGUGCUCCGUUCGAGAUCAAGACCGAAAACUGCGAUUCGGAAUGCCCGCACAACGGGCCGGGCCGGGUGGAGAUCUUCGCCGAGACCAAGCACGAGAAGACAAUUUGUCUCUGCAAGGUUGGCGCCACAUUCAGAAGUCAUCGAGUCGUAUCGAUAGGGCCCGUCCUGGACCUGGGUCUCCGGCUCAAACCUUCGCCCGAAUGGCACCGAACAGCGAAACUCACACAGAGCGACCGAAUGCUCGAGGUAUCGUACGCGUUCUACUCGGAUUCGCGCUGUGGGCCCGAUCGACUGGGCUUAGAUCUGCAGGGCAGUCUCCAAUUCCCGCCGCUGGCUCAGUCCAUGAACGUCCACUCGUCCCUGCCCAUCGAAAUGUCAAAUGAGAGGUUUGUGCCGCUGCACUGCAGGUGGACGGCUCCACUUCUGGCCGACCACGACGUGUCAUUCAGAUUACAGUUCUUCCAUGCGCCCUCGGGACCUUCGAGUAACUGCUCGUCGAACUAUCUGUUGCUGGAUGACAUAGCGCUAUGCCCGAACCUCCCUGUUGCGCACACGGUCCUUGUGCCGCGCCAGCACAUCAUGGCCCGCCACGUCCCUCUCGAGUUCCGGUCGACCGACGGUUCGGCUACAAAUUUUUCUCUAUGGUGGACGCACGUGAAGAUCCUGCCGACACCGUCCGCGCCGGACACCCUGGUAUCUCUGAGCAAAGACUGCGAGUUCCUCUGCCAGCAGUCCAUGGUCUGUAUCAAGAAGGAACUCGUCUGCAAUGGAGUGCCGAACUGCCCAGUAAGGAGACCCGGCGGCGAGCACGACGCCGGCGCAUUGGACGCUGACGGGAGCACAAACGCCUUACGCAGCAUGCUCCUGACACCGGAUGAGGAUCCUGCUCUUUGUCAAGGACUUGCAGCGAAGAUGUACGUCUACUGGUGGAUUAUAGGCUCGGCCAUCGGCCUGUGCAUGGUGGUCAUCGUUGCGUUCGCCGUCACAUUAAUCAGAAAGUGUGCUUACCCAAGUCGACCCGAGGCGAAAGACGACGACGUGUUCUGA